UUGAAUGUGAACGCGAAUAAUGCGACAAACACUGCAGAUGUGGUGUACAUAAUGUAAUGGUAGUGGUAGUGUAUACCAGUAGCGCCGAACGAGAGCCUCAGAGCCAAGGACCGCAAUUAGUAAUCGCGCGUACAUAAACACACACACUCACGAUAAACAGAAACUGCUCGGUGCUCCGCGUCUCCAUUAUUUAUCCAAUACUACAAGUCGAUUUCCUGACGCUGUCGCCGACAAAAUCUUUCACUAUCUUUCUUUCUCGCUGCUGUUUAUAUUUAACGAGUGACCAAAACGCACACAGUGUUCGCGCAAAAAAGCAGACGACAUGUCAUAAAGUCGACGUUCGAAUAUACAGAAUAAUAUACAACACAAACACACACGCAACGCCCGAUUGAAACAAGCAUGUUGUCGCAUGCGACGCAUCGUCGACCGAGCUUUCUUGUCUGAGGUAAAAACCAGGUGUAUACGCGCUGCGAAUGUGUGGAUGAGAUAUUUGAAUGUGCCUUUUUUUCUUUUAUCUAUUAUAAGGCACUUGAGGCGAGCUCGCACCAGUGUCUUAUCUCGUCUUUCCGAGUAAUAUUCUUGGUUAAGUUAACGCUCGCUUAUAACAAAUAUAGAUCGACCGACUGUCGGCUUUUUAUAUCACGGAUGACAACUGGUUUUGAAUAACAGGGAAUUGUCAAACAAUUCAUGGAAAAUGUGGUCUAGUUUAAUCGAAGUGUACAGAGAUCCCCAUUUGGUUGCGAAAAUUCAACAAUUUUUUGGCGUUGACAUCAAAUACGAUGAGCACGAUUCUGCAUCCGACUAUGAAAAUGAAAGUAGUAGUUUGCAGAAUACUUGUGACUCGUCGAAUGGAUGUUCUAGUUCAGGAGAUUCUCUUUUGAUACAAAGGCACAAGGAUAGCGAAUCAGAAUCACAAAUAACUUCAAGCAGCAACAAGAAACCCUAUGUAAUAACAAAUCACUUUUGGUACUACUUAUUUCUAUUUGGCACAGAAUUGGGCGAUGAAAUAUUUUAUUGUACAUUCAUUCCGUUUUGGUUUUGGAAUAUUGAUGGUGCUGUUGGUCGAAGAAUUGUUCUUGUUUGGGCAACCAUUAUGACUAUUGGUCAGGAGUUGAAAGAUAUUAUACGUUGGCCACGACCUUCAUGCCCACCUGUUGUGAGAUUACAGAAUAAAUGGUCUUUAGAAUAUGGAAUGCCAUCGACGCAUGCCAUGUGUGCCGUAUCAAUUCCUUUUAGUGUACUUUUCUUUACAAUGAAUAGAUACAUUUAUUCUUUUCCUGCUGGUUGUGCCACUGCUUUUUUAUGGUGUACAUUAAUAUGUGUUAGCAGAUUAUACUUAGGCAUGCAUACUGUACUGGAUGUCAUUGCUGGAUUACUAUUAGCAAUGUUGAUGAUGAUUCCCUUGGUUCCUUUGGUCGAUGUAAUGGACAUCCAUUUCCUUACCAAUGAAUGGAUAUUAUUAGCAUUAGUAAUUAUUAGUAUAGCAACAAUAAUUUAUUACCCUAGUAGCAACAAAUGGACACCGACAAGAGGUGAUACUACUCUUGUAGUAUCUGUAGCAGCUGGAAUUUAUGUUGGAGCGUGGUUAAAUUUCAAAACUGGAGUCUUGUUGAAACCAGAAUUACCUCCUCCAUAUGAAAUUCUGUGGCCAUCAUAUCCAAUGCUUGGAAAAACAGUUUUAAGAACUACAUUAGGCCUCUGUUGCGUUAUUGCUACUAAAGCAAUAUGUAAAUGUCUCAGUUACGCUACACUUUGUGCCAUAUUACAAGUCAACUCAAAAGAACUUAUGCAAAGUGAAAAUUCAUUAGAAAAUAAAAACAAAACACUAGUCGAUUUAAUUUAUAAAUAUAUCACUUGUUUCAUGAUUGGCUUUAAUACUGUGUAUUUACUGCCAAAUGUUUUUACCUUGAUAGGAAUAGAACGUCCAACAUUUUACACGGAAUUAUGAAUUAUUUUAUUUUGUAUGCUGUUUUUUAUACAUUA